ACUAACAAGCGGUUAAUUCGAAGAAGUUUGAGAGUUGCACUUGCAGCUGUCCCUUUCCGGCCCACUGUAUUGCUCUGCUGAGUGCAUUCCUUUCCUAUUCGUUCCGAUGAAGAGUUUGCCCCGAAUCUUCAUAAAGUGAGACUGUGGACUGUUUGGUCUCAGGGUGGCAUUUUCUACAUUCAGAGCUUUGUGGCUUUUUGGCAGCUUCAUCAUGCAGAAUGCAUUCAGGCAACUUGAAGAACGCAGUUUAUCUGCUGAAGUGUUACACAUGUGUUGGUCACCGAUGAUGGAUCUGAUUGCUUUAGCAAAUGUCAACUGUGAGGUCGUAUUACAAAGAUUAACAUGGCAGAAGCAGCCUGUGUGGGUCUUACCAGCUCCCCCUGCUAGUGAUGACAUCAACCAAAAUGUCAAUACACUCGCAUGGAGACCAGAUGGGAAAGUGCUUGCUGUAGGAUAUACAAGUGGUCAGAUGCUUCUAUGCAGUGUAGAGAAUGCUGAUGUACUACACACUGUUACAUUGACAUCAGCCAUUACCUGUAUGCAAUGGGUUGCAGCAAGAGACCUGACGGAAGAAUCUAAAGGCAGUGAUAGGGAUUUGUUUGAGGAUGGAGCAGAUAUAUUCUUGCCCAAGUUACCUCCUCUUGCAAAAUUACAUUCAGCCAAGGUGUUUGCUGAAGACAAUGUGGAGGAUGCUAAAAGACUGAAGGGACAGAAGAGGUUGAAUGUAUUAGUAGUUGGUUUAAAUGAAGGAAAAAUUCAACUAUAUGCUUAUGGCAUUGCUGCCAUUGGUGAAGUGGACAUGUCACAAGUCAGUCAACAAAGUCAUUCUACUAAAGAGAUGACUUGUGGGAGAAUUACAACUGCAACCUUAUCAAGAGACCUGUGCUCCCUUUCAUUGGUAAUGGAGUCUAGAGUUGACCAAGAUCCUAACCCCACCGUUCAUCUUCUGUCUCUUGACUGUGUGUUAAUUUCUUCAAGGCGUGAGGAGCUAACCAAAUUUGCUAUUCAAAGUAGCAAAAUAUUUACGUUUCUAGAGUAUCUGAGUGCAACCCUACGCUCUGUGUCAGAGGCUAGAGAAGACAUCCUGUUAGAGAUUGAAACCAAAUUGACCAAGUACGCAGAACAAAAGAAAACAGCAGGAAGCGUACGUGAUGAAUUGCUUCAGCUGCUGUUAUGGGGGCGUGCUAGUCCUGAGCUUCAAGCUUUCUUACUGCAUGAAUUAACAGAAAAGGGAAUGAAGAAACUAGGACAGUCUGUUGAGAACUCAUACUCAAAUAUACAAAAACUGGUCCUGAAGCACAUACACAGCGUUGGUCGGUCAUUGGUGUAUCAUCUAAGUGAAUUGAAGGGAAUGUCAUUAUGGUAUGAUAAGUAUGGAGUCAUUGGCCUGUCACCUCCUGCAAUACAAGAUGCAAUUGGUGCAGUAGGAUCGUUCAUGCUGAAAGCAAGUGAGCUCUUACAGGUUUUAGACACAAGUUUAAAGAAUUUCAAGGCCUUUUUCCGUUGGCUGUAUGUGGUAAUGAUGAGGCUAUCAGAAGAACCAGUUCCAAAUGCUUUGAACAAGGUCAGACAGAGAGACAUUAACUUCAUUGCAGACUUUCUGGCCGAAAAUUUUGCCGAAGACAUUGGUGGUUCACACCAGCUAGAGAAGCAAUCUGGGUUCACUUUGGAACGAGUUGGCCAAUAUCUGAAAAGGGAAGAUCUACAGUUUCCUCUGACUUCAUCAGUUAAUGUUGAAUCCUGGCAGUCCUGUAUCUCAACAAGUCCCAACCUGAAUAGCAGUCAGCUUGUAUACAAACAUCAACCACAUAAAUCACUUGUACAGUUAUUUGAAUCCAUGAAAGAAUCAAUCUACACUGCCCUCAGUAAACCAGCCGUUGCUGUUGGAGGGUCGAUAAGAUGUUGUGAUUUGUUGCCAUUAUACACUCCUGACACACCUAAAGAAAGCAGUGAGGUUCAUCAGCCUCUUACUGUAUCUAAAUACUGCCAUACUGAGAUGCCGUGUUUUUAUACUGUAUUGAUGAUGCAUCAAGCACCAACUCAGGUUAUUUAUCUGAUACGACAACCCAACCAUCAAGCAGGGGCGCAGUAUGAAGCUGGAGUUAUCUGUUUGUAUUUCUCUGUUCUUGGUGCUAGUAAUGCUAAUGAUAGCACUGCUUCUCAGUACUCUAACAGAUGUAACCAGCAUGAAGUGUUAGAUGCAGCAUUCUUUGAUGACCAUACCCUGACUGUGUUACUACAAGAACAAUGGAGUGGGCCAGACAGUGUGGCAGUUGUAUGCCAGCUUCCAUUAGGACCUCUAGCCGAUCACACAUUUUUGCCUCUUACUUCACAAGAUGUACCUCUGGAUCAAAGACCACAAAUAAGUAAAGUUGAUGCUGGAUUGUACGUUAGCCACUGUCGACGUCUCGAUAACAUCAAAGCGAGUAUAUUUGCUGUUAGUGGUUCUAGGAAGGUAUCAUGUGUGUUAUUUUGCAAUCGGCGUAGAGUGCGACUAUUUGAUAUGGAUGCAGAAGAUGAUGGAGAAGAUGAAAGCUUGUCAGAGAGAAGUCUCUUAGAUGCAAGUAAUGUAGGAAUAGAAGAAACAAGGCAAGAUGAAAGUGACAGUAACAAAGAGAAUAUAGAAUUGCCACAUUAAGCAUUUUACAAGAGCAGAAUUUACAUGUAAGCUAUGUACAGUCUUUGCAUGCAUGUAAAAGAAGCUUUAGACUUCAAAUACGGAGCGAGUGGUUUAAAAAAGAGGGUUACUGUUGAUUCCCUUAUUAUGUUAUUUUACUAUAGCAUGUACAAAAUAGACCUUAAGCAAUGAUGUCAUCAGGCCACCAUUUUAACAAUGAGGAUGAUACAAUGAAAAAAAAAUACUUCUGUAGAACGGAAUACAGGUUUGACCUCAAGCCGAGAGCGCCCUACUCAAAUGGCAUCACUUGCAUAAGGUCUCUAAAGACUCACUGAAUACAGGUUUGACCUCUCUAGCCAAAAGCGCCCUACUCAAAUGGCAUCACUUGCAUAAGGUCUCUAAAGACUCACAGAAUACAGGUUUGACCUCUCUAGCCGAGAGCGCCCUACUCAAUUGGCAUCACUGGCAUAGGUCUCUAAAGACUCACGGAGUACAGGUUUGACCUCUCUAGCUGAGAGCGCCCUACUCAAAUGGCAUCACUUGCAUAAGGUCUCUAAAGACUCACGGAAUACAGGUUUGACCUCUCUAGCUGAGGUCGCCCUACUCAAAUGGCAUCACUUGCAUAAGGUCUCUAAAGACUCACAGAAUACAGGUUUGACCUCUCUAGCUGAGAGCGCCCUACUCAAAUGGCAUCACUUGCAUAAGGUCUCUAAAGACUCACGGAGUACAGGUUUGACCUCUCUAGCUGAGGGCGCCCUACUCAAAUGGCAUCACUUGCAUAAGGUCUCUAAAGACUCACGGAAUACAGGUUUGACCUCUCUAGCCAAAAGCGCCCUACUGAAAUGGCAUCACUUGCAUAAGGUCUCUAAAGACUCACGGAGUACAGGUUUGACCUCUCUAGCUGAGGGCGCCCUACUCAAAUGGCAUCACUUGCAUAAGGUCUCUAAAGACUCACGGAAUACAGGUUUGACCUGUCUAGCCGAGAGCGCCCUACUCAAAUGGCAUCACUGGCAUAGGUCUCUAAAGACUCACGGAGUACAGGUUUGACCUCUCUAGCCGAGAGCGCCCUACUCAAAUGGCAUCACUUGCAUAAGGUCUCUAAAGACUCACGGAGUACAGGUUUGACCUCUCUAGCUGAGGGCGCCCUACUCAAAUGGCAUCACUUGCAUAAGGUCUCUAAAGACUCACGGAGUACAGGUUUGACCUCUCUAGCUGAGGGCGCCCUACUCAAAUGGCAUCACUUGCAUAAGGUCUCUCAAGAUUGUUGAUGUUCCUAAUCUGAUUAUACAAGUUAUUUAAAUAACAACAUCAUGCUGACUCAAUCAAUUCAGAUAUUUGGUUUGGGACAUCCAAGGUAGAAACAUUAACACUGAACAAAGAAUUGUUUUUAUAUGGAACAGCUUAUUGAACUUUAAGUUGAUAUGGCAAACUGUUCCAAAAACACACACUGUUAAUAAAAUAAAAAUUAAUUGAGUAUUUAAACAAUUCCAUUUUGUACCUAUGCUCUGAAGCAAAGCGUGUAGGUUGUUGUGUACUCCUAACGGCAAGAUAGUUUUUUCACUAUGUUUAAAUAGCAGGACAACUUGUACAAAAAUACUUCAAUCUUUUUAAUGUAUUUUUCAUAAAUUGUAUCUGAAAUUGAAAUCAUAGGAGUAUUUGCCAUGUGUGAAAUUGUUUUCAUUCGCUUUACAGUCUCUUUAAAACUGAGGCAAACGCUAGAGAAGCAGUCAAACUAUUUUUGUUAAUUGGAUUAAUUCGCACCUAACUUUUUCAACAUUAUAAACCACAAGAUUAAAAAGAAGAAGUUAUUGACUCUACAGCAGCUUCAUGUGUGAUUGAAUCACAUAAUGAUCAUAGCUUGAACUUACAAUCUAAAAGCAUUGCCAUUAAUUUACUUGCAUGAAUUUGUGAACUUUAUUGGUUUGUUAUUUCAAUUCCUACGACCCUUUACAGAUACUUUCUGAGGGUUCUACACAACAAUAAGACCUUAAAAUGAGAACUACAAAUGAUUUAUUGUUACUUUCACUUUCCAUCUUGUUCAGUUGAAUGUAAUGGUGGCUGUCUGUAAAAUACUUAAUUAUAAGCAGCAAUAUUAAGAAAAGAAAGACACCUGUGAUACAAUAAAAGUCACCUGUGAUAGUUUCAGCUGAA